AUGACGACGCCACGGAUGGACCCAAGUGUGUUGGAGAUUUCGGACAUCCUCAGGGACCCUGCCGCGGAAGAGGCCUUUCUGCGUGGAGUCGGGCUGGUGCCGACGCCGACAGUUCGACCUCAGAGGACCAGAACCCGUCAAGGCCGUCCACCGACGUCUAACUUCUGGGGCGUCUGCAAGGAUCUAGGGUUCAAUCCCAGCGAGCCGGGAUGCGAGGGAGAAGUCGUCACAUACCAUCACUGGUGCAGAAAAGGUACCAGACCUAGCUUCAAAUGCAACCACUGCAGGAAGCAGGUUUCACAGCUCCGCAGUUCCGAUGCAUUGCACGGGCAGCCAGAGCAGGGCUCAUUUUUUGCUUGUACCGACGUACUGGGAUGCCCCAACGUGAAACUCUCGCGAACGGAAAUAAUCUGGUUGACGUACGCCUUGGCUAAUGGGCUCUCCGCCAGGAGCACUAAAAAGCUGGUGCAGAAUGUAUUUAAAAUGAGCAAUAGCACCCGCACAGACUGGAGAAAUUAUGUUAGGGAGGUGGCGCUGGCCGAGCUUUUAGAACAGCCGCCGAUGGGAGGUGUAGGCCAGGUCGUUCAGAUCGACGAGUGCCUAAUGAGAGGCAGACGCAAAUCUAAGCGAGGUCGCCUCCUCACUGGAGACGUUCCUCCCAGGUGCCGUAACAACUACAACGGUGUAGCGGACCGGGGUCCAUGGAUUUUUGGAAUGCUCUACGUUCAGACAAAAGAGCUGAGGCUCUUCGAAGUUGACAAGAGGGACGCCGCUACCUUUGGCCCCGUAAUCGCCAAAAAUGUCCUCCCAGGCACCACAGUUCACAGCGACGAAUGGGCUGCGUAUCAAUGUAUACCCACUCUUUUGGACGCCAAUGGAGCGCAAUUGAACCUCGACUGGCACACCGUAAAUCACAGCGUAAACUUUGUGGACCCUGUAACAGGGGCAAACACGCAAUGCAUAGAGAAACGGACCGCCUCCGUUCUUAUUUGGAACGCGUACAAGAUCGCACCCCUGGACACCGGCCUUUGCCUGGACUUCGAGGUCCUUUCGAACUACUGCCUUGCCUGCAGCCGGCACAGGGUCCUGCCAGAUGAGGAAGAAGUCUGGCAGGCAUUUCAUAGCCCUGUGUGUCAAAAGAAUGUAGACUGUUCAUCCCAUGCUACGGAGACUGAAGCAGCAGUGCGUAUAUGGCAGAGGAGCCGAUCUUACGACACACCACAGUAUUUCAGAAAGUUUCUUAGCGACGGGGACUCGAAAGCCUAUGCAGCAGUGGUAGAGGCCAAUGCCUACAGUGGUGUCCUUAUUGAAAAAGAAGAUUGCACUAAUCACGUGGCAAAGUGCCUCAGAACCGCUCUCCGGAAGCUAAAACAACUCCUGCCAAGAGGAGAGAAACUGAAGGAGCCUGCUAUCCUAGAGCUGCAGACCUACUAUCAGGUUGCUAUUACUAGCAACAGGGGCAGCGUGAAAGGAAUGUAUAGAGCAAUUUGGGCCUCAUAUUUUCACUCAUGCUCAUCCGAUGGUGCUAGCAGCCAUAAGCUUUGUCCAGAAGGAGCAAAAUCCUGGUGCAAGCACCGGCGUGCUCAAGCGUCGGGUGAGCCUGCACUAACCCACACACCACUACUGACCAAGGCCCAGAGAAAGGCAAUAUUGCCGAUCUACAAACGGCUCACCGGUGAGAAGUUGCUGGCCAGGUGCAUCCAAGGCAAAACCCAAAAUGCCGCGGAGUCAUUGAAUAGCAAAAUAUGGCUUCUCUGCCCCAAAACGAGAUUUGCUUCACGGUAUGUAGUGGAAAUGGCUACUGCCUUGGCUGUCCUCUGGUUCAACAGAGGGCACACCUGCUUUAAGCGUGUCCUCAAAGAACUAGGCGUGCUUCCAUCUGAAAGUCUGGUGGAGAUUGGCACAUCCAAAGACAUUGCAAGGCAGAAAAAAAUGUCCUUGAAGCUGACUGCGGAAGCGAGAGCAAAUCGCCGCACACUGACAAAAAAAGCACGUGUUGAGGAGUGCACUCGCAAGGGCCGUGAGGGAGAGACAUACGCUGCAGGAAGUUUCUAGUGGCAGUCGCUGUUUUAUGAACAAUUUUCUUCUUUUAUGUCAAAAUUUGAUUGGAAUUCAAGCCCUCUUUUGUAAACAAACAUGCA